GUGGAGAAUGUAAACAGUGGAGUUGAGACGUGGAGGAGGAGUGGAGGUGUUGUUGUUGCUGGAGUGGAGGUCUUGUUGGAGUGGAGGUGUUAGUGGUGGUGCUCGUCCUGUUAAUACCACGACUACACAUGACGUGCGUGUGCACUCAACCAGACACCACCUCAACACCGUGGUGGAGCAUGUGUGCAAUGUGAAUAUUUUAGAAAACAUUGAAGAGGGAUGCAAAACUUCAGUCCAGAAUGGGUACAAUCAGCCAUGGGGUCUAGUGUUGUGGUGUGGCCACCCUGGCCCAGUAAGUGGCUAGACAGCCACCAUAUGGACACAAUGACUGUCAUGGCCACUGAGUACCACCCGUGGAUCUGCUCUGUAAUUGCAGCCUUGACUGUUGGCCUGGCUGGCAUUGUGCCCCUCCUUCUUAUCCCCACUGAUCAUGAAUUGAAAACCAGCAGUGGUAAUGAAAGCAAAAGUUCAAAACUUGAUGGAAAACUUACAGAAUUGCGUUCUCUUAAGAAUGGAUUAAGGACAAAACCGGGUUAUUACUGUAUAUACUUACCUGUAAGCAGUUUUGACUGUUCUAAUAUUUUUGUUUUGAUUUCAGGGUUCAGUCGAUGGGAGGCCACGAAGGCUCAGAUGUACACAGCUGGUAUUGGUUUAAUGGGUGCAUUGUUUACACUGUUCAUCGGCACCUCCAAUGUCUUGGGUGGGGUGCAGGUCUACAUUUUGUCAUUCACAGCAGGAGGCUUCCUCAACAUAGCAUUGGUGACAGUUCUACCGGAGCUGCUGCAAGAAGAUCGUCCUGCUCAAUCAUGUGCACAGCUUCUCUGUCUUUUGUUUGGCACCCUCACCAUGGCAUCUGUAGCUCUCAUGUGUUAAGGCUAUGUCAUUCUUACUUAUAUCUUGGGUCAGGGCUGUGCUUCCUACAAUCUGAUGAAUUCCAUGCAUUCUGUGAAAAGAAACAUAUAUUCCAUGCCUUGUGUAUACUCUGUAAUAAUGACUUUGUGGUUUUAUGUGAAAAUUGAAUUAGUAUGUGUGUACAAUUUUCUAUGUUCGUUAAACCACCUACUGGUGGUUACACAAUAGAAAUAAGAUGUGGCAAUCCAUUUGUUGAUUUUAAUGCAUAAAUAUUAUUUAAUUUUUAUAAUUGUGUGUGUGUGUUUAUAUCUGAGUGUGUAUAUGAGAGAUUACCUAUUUGUGAGCAUCUCUUUUGUAGCUACAGGAGCAAAGCUGUGCUUCUCAUGUCCCAGUCUCAUUAGUAGUGAGUUUGUCAUAAAAUGGUAACACAAUGACAGAAUAUACAGACAGUAUGUAAAUAAGACAGUGUGUGGGUGGGUUAUUGAAUUUUAUUUCAUUUGCCAGGAACGCUCUUAAUUUGUCUAAUAAAGUCCCUGGUGUGCAAAAGUUUUUAUAAAUAAAAUGCCAUAACCUUCACAUUGUGUCAGAUUUACAUAAUGUCAAGAACUUUAAUUUCCUGUAGAUGUAACACUCGCUACCUCCUCUUGGAUCCCAUUUCAGAUCUCUGUCACUGUUUGCGAGAAGACAUUAUGUCUAGUUGCCUUUCUGCACUACAUUUUUUGUAAAUUGUAAUUAUGGGCAAUAUGCUCUUCCUGUUCAUUGAAGUCUCUGUUUUCUCAUAUAUUUUAUGUACAUUCAUGACAUAUCAUGAGUAAGCACUAAAUCCGUAGGGGUCUUAUGGCAACAAGGAAUUUUAAGUAAUCAGCUUUGAUUCAAGGAAUGGGAGGAUAGGUCCAAUUCCUUGAAUCGAGCCCUUUUCUGAUAUUGUAAUAUUUCCACUUUUACUCUUGUCUUCCAGUGAGGGCGUUUCCAUUGUUUUCUAUAUUUCUUCAUGUUUAAUAUUUUUAACUCUUGGAAUGCAUUUUCCAGAAAUAGAGAAAGAUAUGCUUUCUCUGUUUCUGGAAAAUAGUACUGGCUCACCUCUUACCACAAACUGUCUGUUACUUCCUAACACAGUCAUACUGCAAACUGACUCUGUUGGUUCCAAACUCAGUGAUACCUAUUCUUCACACUGUGAAUGGAGUUAGUCUCCAAUAAUUCCUCAUCUAGUUCAUUCCACUGCCUUGCCACCCUAACACUGAAGAAAUGUGGUGUAUAAUUCACUUAUAUCUGAUUGAUAUGCUUUUGUUUCUCAUUUUCAUGUUAAAAAUUAGAUUAUCUCAAUUUCUCAUCAGUGAGUACAUUUUCACCCUCAGUUUGUUUUAAGUUGUCUUUCUUGUCUAGAAAAUUCAGUUAUUAUAUCUCUGAGUUCUUGUGGGGUGGUCAAGAGUGCGUGUUAAUUUUAUUAAGUGUUACCUUCAGUGUUUGCACUUGUUUAGAAUAAGAUAUUAAAACAUUUUUUAUUCUGAGCUACAUUUGCUUUGUUGUACUGGUAGUUAUCCAUUUUUUGUUACAAGUUUCGAGUUUAUGCUUGCCCUUCUGCACACAGGAUAUGACUCUUCUUACCUCGACUUUGAGAGGUGAGAGUUGUUUUGUGAUCAUUUUUCAUUACCUUCAAGUAGAGCUGGAAAAUAUAAUGCUUUACUAGUAUCCGAGACAUAUACUUAAUGUUGUCAGCAGAUAAUGCAUGGUUUGUCUUUUAUUUUCAUUGCAGCUUAUUUAGUUUAUAUGAGAUUAGUUAGGGUACAAAUAUAAAUGCUGUAUACUGUAUCAACCACAAUAUUGUGUGCCCACUGCCCAGCUAUACAUGUAUUAGCAAACACAUUAUAUAUAUAUAUGUAUCUUUUUCUUUCAACAAACCGGCCGUAUCCCACCGAGGCAGGGUGGCCCAAAAAGAAAAACGAAAGUUUCUCUUUUUAAAUUUAGUAAUAUAUACAGGAGAAGAGGUUACUAGCCCCUUGCUCCCGGCAUUUUAGUCGCCUCUUACAACACGCAUGGCUUACGGAGGAAGAAUUCUGUUACACUUCCCCAUGGAGGUAAGAAAUAAACAAGAACAAGAACUAGAAAGAAAAUAGAAAUAAACCCAGAGGGGUGUGUAUAUAUAUGCUUGUACAUGUAUGUGUAGUGUGACUUAAGUGUAAGUAGAAGUAGCAAGAUGUACCUGAAAUCUUGCAUGUGUAUGAGAUAGAAUAAAAAGACGCCAGCAAUCCUACCAUUGUGUAAAACAAUUACAGGCUUCCGUUUUACACUCACUUGGCAGGACGGUAAUACCUCCCUGGGUGGUUGCUGUCUACCAGCCUACUAUCUAUUAUAUAUAUAUACAGUGGUCCCACGUUUUUCAUAGUUAAUUAGUUCAUGGAGUUGCUACUAUUAUCGAAAUCUACGAUUUUCGAAUCAAUUUUCCCCAUAAGAAAUAAUGUAAAUACAAUUAAUCCGUUCCUGACUCCCAGAAGUAUUAAAACAAAAAAAUUUUUUACAUGAAAUAUAGAUGUAGUACAUAAGCAAUACAAUGGGAAAUGAUGAAUGAAACAUUAACAGCAUAACACUUACCUUUAUUAGAGAUUCUUCUUAGUGUAUGGGAGACUGGAGGAGGAGAGAGAUUGGAUUGUUUACAGUUUGGAAGGGGAAUCUCCUUCCAGCAACACCUCAGGUACCAAUUGCUUUUCUGGGGUUGCUUCUCUUCUCUGUUUCUUAAUGCCACUAGGACCACCUUGAGAGUCACUGGAGUCCUGUCUCGCAAAAUAACUGUGGCGAGAGCUCUGUUUCUGGCGUCUCUUUAACACUUCCCUAAAAUGGCCCAAGACUUUGUCACUGUACAUGUUGCCAACAUGGCUUGCAACAACCUUGUCAGGGUGAUGUUUCUCCAUAAAGCUUUCCAUCUUACCCUACAUAGCAAAAAUCUCUUUAAUUUCUGAAGAAGGCACCUUCUUCCAUCUCUCUUCCUCCUCCUCUGCAGCAAGAUUCUGAGCUGCGAUCUGCUGCUGUUCCUGCUGAAGCUCUUGCAGCUCCUCAGUGGUGAGCUCUUCUUUACCAGAGGCUUGGCACUAGGAGCUUUCUUUGGAGCCAUGUAGCUUAAUUAGUACUUGCAAACACUAAAAUGAGUGGAAUAUUAUGAAAUAUUUCGUAGGAGCACGUGAGGGGACCUUCGCUCACUGGUAAACAAUGCCAGACUGGCUGGGUAGGGAGGCCGCCCCGGCACACACCGUGCGUACGCAUCCCGGACGAACUACUAUUCGCGAGUCAACCUAUGAUUAGCGAGCCCAUGUUUAUACGAAAAUAUCCCUAUGAUUUCCGAAAUCUAUGAUUCCCGAGAACCACGAAAAACGAGGGACCACUUUAUAUACAGUGGAUCUAGGUAGUAGGUUGGUAAACAGCAGCCGCCCAGGGAGGUACUACCGUCCUGCCAAGUGAGUGUACAACGAAAACCUGUAAUUGUUUUACAUGAUGGUAGGAUUGCUGGUGUCUUUUGUCUGUCUCAUAAACAUGCAAGAUUUCAGGUAUGUCUUGCUACUUCUACUUGCAUUUAGGUCACACUACACAUACAUGUACAAGCAUAUAUAUACACACACACCCCUCUGGGUUUUCUUCUAUUUUCUUUCUAGUUCUUGUUCUUGUUUAUUUCCUCUUACCUCCAUGGGGAAGUGGAACAGAAUUCUUCCUCCGUAAGCCAUGCGUGUUGUAAGAGGCGACUAAAAUGA